AUGAACGAUAAUUUUUUUAUAGCAACCUUUGAACAUGUCAACGAACAAACUAUUCCCUCCCCCUUAAUUAAACAUUCAAAAAAAUGCCAAAAAGAUAACAAGAAAAGAAAAAAUAUUAUAAAGAACACUUCUCAAGAUAUAAUUGUAGAACAAAAAAAUUACGAUAAAGAAAAUAAUGAACAUAAAUAUGUAUGUAUGAAUAUUCAUACAUUCAACAGAAAAUGCUAUCAUAAAAAUAUCAGACUAUUAGACCAUACACACUUGCAAUUCACACUAGGAGAAUCUCUAAUGUAUCUUCUUAAUGUAUAUUUACAAAAUAAAAUUAUAACAAAAAAUUUAUAUAAUAGAAUGUUGUAUUCGUUUCAGCAGGCUAUUAUUGAAGUUAUAAGUAAACUCAAAGAAGGCAAAGAAUAUAAGUGGAAUAUAAAAGGGAAACUAAUAAACUCGAAAAAAGAAAAUAAUAUACAAAUAGUUUAUAUAGAAAAUGCAUUUCUGUCCUUUAAAUCUAUAGUAUUGCAUGCCCCUUUGUUGAAAAUUAAAUCUAUAGAUAUAUAA